GAGGUGGACCUGGUUCUCUGGGUCCUGACCUGUGCGCUUGCUCCUUUCCUCCAGGUGGACAUGUUCUCCGGGGCGGUAUUCAUUCAGCAGGCUCUGGGCUGGAACAUCUAUGCCUCUGUCAUCGCGCUACUGGGCAUCACCAUGAUUUACACCGUGACAGGAGGGCUGGCAGCGCUGAUGUACACAGAUACCGUACAGACUUUCGUCAUUCUCGGGGGGGCCUUCAUCCUCAUGGGUUAUGCCUUCCACGAGGUGGGCGGGUAUUCGGGGCUCUUCGACAAAUACCUGGGGGCAAUGACUUCGCUGACGGUGUCCGAGGAUCCUGCCGUGGGCAACAUCUCCAGCUCCUGCUAUCGACCCCGGCCCGACUCCUACCACCUGCUCCGGGACCCUGUGACAGGGGAUCUGCCGUGGCCCGCACUGCUCCUGGGGCUUACAAUCGUCUCUGGCUGGUACUGGUGCAGCGACCAGGUCAUCGUGCAGCGCUGCCUAGCUGGGAAGAGCCUGACCCACAUUAAGGCGGGCUGCAUCUUGUGCGGUUACCUGAAGCUAAUGCCCAUGUUCCUCAUGGUCAUGCCGGGCAUGAUCAGCCGCAUUCUUUACCCGGACGAAGUGGCGUGCGUGGUGCCUGAAGUGUGUAAACGCGUGUGCGGCACUGAGGUGGGCUGCUCCAACAUCGCCUACCCGCGGCUCGUCGUGAAGCUCAUGCCCAAUGGUCUGCGCGGACUCAUGCUGGCGGUCAUGCUGGCUGCGCUCAUGUCCUCACUGGCCUCAAUCUUUAACAGCAGCAGCACACUUUUCACCAUGGACAUCUACACGCGCCUGCGGCACCGCGCAGGCGAGCGCGAGCUGCUCCUAGUAGGACGGCUCUGGGUGGUGUUCAUCGUGGCAGUGUCGGUGGCCUGGCUGCCCGUAGUGCAGGCAGCGCAGGGAGGGCAGCUCUUUGAUUACAUCCAGGCAGUCUCCAGCUACUUGGCACCGCCUGUGUCCGCUGUCUUCGUGCUGGCGCUCUUCGUGCCCCGUGUUAAUGAGAAGGGCGCCUUCUGGGGACUGAUUGGGGGCCUGUUGAUGGGCCUG